ACCCAUCCUUCCUAUAUAAUUCAAAGUAAAAGAGUAACUGGUGCCUUCGGGCAUUUGGUCAAUUUGAAACGAUACAGAGAAGAUUAGCAUGGCCCCUGCACUAAGGAUGACACGCUCAAUCAAAGAGAAGCUACCAGUUUUUUUUUGCAACUUUUACAGACGCCUUUUGAGAGGUAUGCUGUUUUUGAGGUCUCGGGUGUGGGUCGUAGAGGGAGGGGGUUCGAGUCGCGGUUGGAUCUGUCGUUCUUUUUAUCUCACCCCUCUCCUCCCUCUUUUUGCUUAUGGGACAGUUGGUCAGCAGCACUGAAUGGGGUGAUGUUCAGGGUCGCUGGGUUUCCUAAUAAUAUAUGGGACCAGAAG